GUAUUUAAUGCUAUGAAUUUGUAUGAUCUCGGAUGUUCUGCAGGUGGUGGUGCAGACAGUGUUCAAGUUUUUACUGAUGUUGGUCUAGCCUUUUUAUCAGAUACAAUUAAAUCCAAAGUUCGAGAAGGCUAUAAAUGCCUCCACGUUCCCAGAAGGCAGAAGAGAUCUUUGGAUUUUCACAAGAAAAUGUCAGGAAUUGCCAGCAAGUAUCAAAACACUGAUCUACAAAAAUGCUGUGAAGAUGGAAUGAAACUAAAUCCCAUGAGAUUUUCUUGUGCAAAAAGGCUAACAAAGGUUGCCGGCUCCCCUGAAUGCAAAAAUGCCUUCCAGGACUGCUGUGAGAAAGCCACAGCCCUCAGAAAGGAGGCGAAGCGGAGGACCAGAGUGGGCUUGGCACGAUACUAUGAUGACCAUGAAGAAGUGUUUGAUGAAACCUCUGUCAACUUGCGCAGUUAUUUUCCUGAGAGCUGGUGGUGGAAUUUUGAAGAAGUGAGAAACCCUGGAAACCAUAGUGUAGAAAACUUUGCUCCUGACUCUAUAACUACCUGGGAAGUUCAGGCAAUAAGCAUAUCUCCCCAAAAAGGAUUUUGCAUAGCUGACCCCCACACCUUUGCAGUUUUCAAAGACUUUUUUGUAUCCCUGAGAUUACCAUACUCAGUCAGACGACAUGAACAACUAGAAAUAAAAGCAGUGGUUUACAACUAUCUGCCCAACGAUCUCCAGGUUACGGUGAUGAUGGAUGCAGUGAAGGGGCUGUGCACCGCAGAGGCGAUGGAGAAGCCUGUGCAGCUGGCGCUGGUGGCAAAGGGGAACUCUGCAACACCAGCCUACUUCUCAGUUGUCCCUCUGACUGUGGGAGAAAUUCCCAUUACUAUUACUGCUUUCGACACAGUUUCUGGGCACAGUGAUAGCAUUAGGAAGAACCUCAAUGUUGUGGCUGAAGGUGUUUUAGAGAGAGAAGAAAAGACCAUUUGCAUUAACAGUGGCUUAAAGUCCCAUACACUGGACCUGAACAGACCAUCUAAUAUGGUACCGGGUUCUGACAGUCGCGUCUUUGUUAGCCUGAAAGGGAAUAUUAUGGACGAGUCUGUUGAAAAUUGCCUUAGUCUCACUGGAGUUGAGAAACUUAUUCAAGUGCCCACAGGCUGUGCAGAGCAAACAAUGGUGAAAAUGGCCCCUGCAGUCUACGCUAUUGAGUACUUGGAUGCCAGCGAGCAGUGGGUGAACUUUAGUCCUGAAAAGAAGGAAGAAGCCAUUAACAUGAUUGAAAAAGGUUAUACUAGACUGCUUGAGUUUCAGAAGUUGGAUGGCUCCUAUGGAGCAUUUAAAACAACUCCCAGUAGUGUAUGGUUAACUGCGUUCAUUGUUAAAGUACUCACAAGGUGCAGAGAAUACAUUAGUAUCCAAGACAGUCACAUACGCAACUCGAUUUCCUACUUGAUUAAUCAACAGCAGGCAGAUCAUUCAUUCCAUGACCAUCACCCAGUAUUGGACAGGACUAUGCAGGGUGGCAUCCAGUCAGCAGAAGAGGAUUUGGCUUUGACAGCCUUUGUAACUAUAGCAUUGCAACAGACUCUACAGGUCUACGAGUCACCUGAUGUGGUAGAAGUGGUUAGAACAGCAGUGGCUUACAUGAAAAACCAACUUUCAAGAAGUGUUAACUGCUAUUCUACAGCAAUCACUGCUUAUGCUCUGACGCUUGUGCAGUCUGAUAGUGAAGAAGCCCAGUUUGCGAAAGAAAAAUUAAGAGACUGUUCUGUUUUUGAUGCAGCAAAGCGGCAGCGCUACUGGGGAAAUGGCAACGAUGCAGUCUCAGUGGAAACCACUGCCUAUGCAUUGCUUCAAACAUUGCUCCUGAAAGACAUGGAGUACGCAAGGCCUAUCGCUACGUGGCUGACGGAAAGAAGGAACUACGGUGGAGGAUACUGCUCUACACAGGACACAGUGGUGGCCCUAGAAGCUCUGUCAGCAUACAGCAUACAGACAUUUAACACUGUUUCCUCCAACCUGACUGUAAAACUGGGAACGCCUGGAAAACAAAAAGACUACAGUAUUACUCUGACUGAUGCUGAUGAAGCGAUUCAGAAGCAGCUAGAGUUUGAACUUGGAAGAAAACUUGAAGUGUCCGUACAUGGCAGAGGAAAUGGGACAAUGAGUAUAUUGAAAGUGUACUGGUCUUCUGAGCUGAAGAACAACACAUGUAAUGAUUUGACUUUGACGGUGGAAAUGGAAGGGAGCAUUAAGUAUACUGAAGCCCCAUACUCUGAUGAAAACUAUGAUUAUGAGGACUCAAUUGCUGCAGAAAACAGCGCGUUUGAGCCACUGUCUGAAAUAGAGUGGUUUGACAUCCACAGCAGAAGGAAAAGGGAUGUGAUCUCUCCCAGCAAAGCAGAAUCACUGCAGUACAAAGUCUGUGUCAGGUCCACAGGUUCCAACACACCAAAGAUGUCCUUGGUUGAUCUCUCUCUGCUGAGUGGUUUGGAGCCUGACACAAAAGAUCUUGAACAGUUGGUGAUGUCUUCAGACCAGUACAUUCAGCACUAUGAGUACAAGGAAGGAAAGGUUUUGCUCUACUUUGGUGAACUCACAAGUGGACCAGACCCAGAUUGUAUAUCAUUUGGGGCAAAGCAAAUCAAUCCCAUGGGCUUGGUUCAGCCAGCAAAUGCCAUCCUUUACGAUUUUUACAACCCUGACAGAAAGUGCAGUAUAUUCUACAGUGCUCCCAAGCACAGUGCCAUGCUUUCAAAGGUGUGCCACGCCGAUGUGUGCCAGUGUGCAGAAGGUCCCUGCCCACGACAAAGAUCAACUUUCAGUAAAGCCAUAACAGAAAAUACACGCUUCAGUUUUGUCUGCUACCACCCUAUUGCAGAUUAUGUGUACGAGGUGGAGUUCCUCAAUAGUACCCAGAAGAAUGUUUUUGAUUACUAUGAGGCCAAAAUCCACAGAAUCCUUAAAGCCACUACCGAUGAAAGUAUCCAAGUGGGUGCCCAUCGACACUUUCUAACACGCUCCGCGUGCAAGUUGAACAUAGUCACUGGCAAACGGUACCUCCUCAUGGGGAAAGAUGGGCAAACAGUUGAUUGCAACAACAAGAUGCAGUACUUCCUCGAUGCACAAACCUGGGUGGAGAAAAUUCCAGAUGACAGUGAGUGCCGCAAGACCCUGCACCGGCAAGCCUGUGCUCUUCUGCAGGACUUCGUGAACACACCUGACAGCCCAUGCCUCUUCUGAACCAUCCCUCUGCUCCCCACAUCCUAUCCCUGCAACUGCAACUUGGCUCCUUCCUGAAUUUUUC